CCUCAAGCCCAGCCGGGAGAGGCCCUCUAGCCGGGCGGGGGAGGAGCGAUCCCACCCAGCAUCUCCGGGAAGGGCUGGGGAACGGCUGCUCUUCGGAGCGGUGUGAACUCGGCUAGGUGGACCAGUGGUCAGACUCCUUUGUGCUCCACUUCAGCCAGAAUGGUGAGACUCCGCUUUUCAAGCACUGCCAUCGCAGUUUUUCUUGUGAUUCAGUCUGGAUUUCUACUCUUUAUGUAUGCUCAGCAUGGUGGCUUCAUGAUGUCUCAGUCUGUAGAGAAGCCAGCCCAGGCUCACAUCCUCAUCCUGUCAUCGUGGAGGUCAGGGUCCUCCUUUCUGGGGCAGCUCUUCAGCCAGCACCCGGACGUCUUCUACUUGAUGGAGCCUGCCUGGCACGUGUGGGCAGCCAUGCAGCAAAACAGUGCCAAGGUGCUGCACAUGGCCGUGCGGGACCUAGUCCGUUCCGUCUUCAAGUGUGACAUGUCUGUCUUUGAUGCCUACAUGCCUUGGAAGAGGAACCUAUCAGAUCUGUUUCAGUGGGCAGUGAGCCGGGCAUUAUGUACAAAUCCUGCUUGUGAAUACUUCCAGCGCAUAGAGAUUACAAGUGAAAAUGCUUGUAAGACCCUCUGUGGCAAGUACCCCUUCAGCAAAGUGGAGGAGGCCUGCAAGACCUACAGCCACGUAGUCCUGAAGGAGGUCCGGUUCUUUGACCUCAAGGUGCUCUAUCCUCUCCUCACUGACCCCUCGCUGAACCUCAAAAUCAUCCACUUGGUCCGUGACCCCAGGGCUGUGGUGAAGUCCCGGGAACAGUCCGCGAAAGCACUCGCUCGUGACAAUGGGAUAGUCUUAGGCAUGAAUGGCACCAAAUUGGAAGACAGCCAGUACAAAGUCUUGAAGGAGAUUUGUAGAAGCCAUGUUCAGAUUUAUGAAACAGCUACUCUGAAACCUCCAGGUUUUUUAAAAGACCGUUACCUGAUGAUCCGAUUUGAAGAUCUUGUACGAGAUCCCUUAGCAGAAAUAACAGCAAUAUAUAAGUUUGCAGAUCUUCAGUUGAGCAACAAACUUGAAAACUGGAUCUAUAAUAUCACACAUGGACAUGGGCCAAGUAGGAAAAAAGAGGCUUUCUUAAUUACCUCCCGAGAUGCAGUCAAUGUCUCCCAGGCAUGGAGGAAUGUUCUUUCAUUUCAGAAAGUCAAGAGAGUGCAAGAAGUUUGUAAAGGUGCCUUAAAUAUACUUGGCUAUCAGCUUGUGGAAUCUGAGAAAGAGCAGAAAGAUUUGUCAAUCGAUCUAUUCAUGUCACUUCGAAGAAACCAAUUCAGCUGGGCAUCCUUUACUGAAAACUAGUGAUGUACCGCACUUUUAUUUUAUGCUUUUUCAUAGUAUCUGAAAAAAGAUUUACAUUUGACUGUUGAAUCUAAUGCUUCUAGUCAUUACUUCUAGUUUGUUACAAUUCACAGAAACUGGAAGAAACGGAACCAAAGGUGAAUCAUACUUGGUAGACCUAACAGGGUGACUCGGUUGCUCUGAGUUGUAGUCCACUGUCACGCAGUCAAAGAAUGAUGUGGUUUCUACUGGUGUCAUUUAAUAUCAGUGCACAACAUUGAGAAAAGGCAUUCAGAUUCCAUGUGCAGGGGAAUCUGCCUUCACAUGAGAGAAAAAUACAAGGAUUAUAAGUAUGGGAUUUGUUGCUUGAAUUCUUAUAUGGUUGUUUUAAAACUUCCAGCUAAGUAUGUUCUCAAGCAAGACUAAAACAUGACUGACAUGGAAUAAUUCCUUACAAGCACAGCUGGCAAGCCUCUCACCUGGACUCCAUCUGCCAUCAGACCCAGCCUGAACAGCCAGAAGUUGGGAGGGCUACGGGUUCCAAGCCCAUUUUAUUGCUUUGGUGACCUUCGCUAGUUUGGACCAGAAAGAAAAGCCACAUGAACUGGUUGCCGACUGUGAAGAGGAGCUUCUCGUAAAAUCAGCCGCGGGUGGGGCUUAUCCUGAGCACCACUCUUACACAGCUGGCACCCAUGUGUGGGGGAACGUCAGUGCCUGGGGCUGAAUGUCUGUUUUGAAUGACCCUUAUUUUGAAAGUGGAAUUUUGUUUUUUAAAUCUGCUUAAAAGCUUCCAGAAAAGAAGGGCUGUGCUGAAGUCAUGCUUUGCGAUAAAAACACAGGGAGAGCUUGUGGAAGACUGUUACACAGAAUGCUUUUCUUUCAAUAUUUUGGAGGAAAAGCCUUCAUUAAUAGGGGUGUGGGUGUCAUUGUAAUUUAUGGUUUUCCCUCUGGCACUUCAACCCCAUUUUCAUACACACACACAAAUGUGGCUCACAGAAGACAAGACAGCUGAUUAACAUUACAUUAUCGAUAAUGUAAUCAGGUGAGCAUUUCUACUCAAAAUGUGGCAGUUUUCAAGAGGCACUGUAAAAAUAGCAUCCUCUGUGCACCCCGCAAACUCUGGUGUUUUGGAGCUUCACGCCUCCUGUUCAUGUGAGAAAAGGCUCGCUGCCAUUGCCAAGCCCUUGCGAGCCGCCUUCCCCAACCUGGUGGAGUUCAAAGGCAUUUGAACUACAUCUCCCAGAAUUCCUAUGCAGCUGGGUCACUGGCUGAAUUCUGCAUGUUGUACUCCAAAUGUGUCUGCUAAGCAUUCUGCUAAGUUAAGGCUUGCAUUUUGACCACAGUAUUUUAGGCAGCAUUCUUUUCAAAAAGGCCGAUCCCCUGAUUAUGUGGUUGAUUAAUGGAACUAAAGAUGACAGAGGAAGCAAAUUUCUCUCCACAGCCUUGUGCCUUCAACUGCCUCUUUCAUUGCUAAACUUUGGAGAAAGCUUAUCCUGAUGCAUAUGUUUUCCUGACAGAUUUGGAAAUUCUUCAGCUGUCCCUUGAAGUAUUUUCAGUCUCAGAAAGACCAUUAGAGCAGUUUAUUAAAGGAAUAUAUUCCUGCCAAAACAUGAUUGUAAAAUUAAUGCCUGCUUUUGAAAGCUAUUCUCACACAGCUUCCAGGAGGAGCUUUUACUUUUACAGCAGUUACCCCCCGUCGCUUGAUGUGUACUUAUAUAUUUCCCAUGUGAUAAGGAAGAUGCCUUUUGGAUAACCAAGGUCACCGGUCAAACUUUUUCUGCCUAACUUCUGACUGAGACUGAAGUGUUCAAAAGUUAUAUGGGAUUUUGCUUUUUUGUUCAUCAUGCUCUCUCUCUUGACUUGACCCUUUGCUCCCUUUUCAGUGAUUUGCCAUUAGCCCAGGAAGAAUAAAAA